UUAAAUGGUUAUUUAACGUUUUGUUUAAAAUAUUUGUUCCCCCAAAACACACCUCUGCAAAACGGUAUUUUUUUACGAAAAAGUGCAGAAUUUACUGACAAAAUAGUUACUGGCCUUGUUGAUAGAAUGGAACUUGAUGUUUUUUCACAUAAAGCUUUACGAGUUCAAUAACAAGGUUCGAUUGAGUUGAAAAAUGGUUUUUACGAGGGAACAAACAUUUUACUUUUUUUCAAUAUUCAAGUCAUUUAGUACAAUUACUGUUACCCUAACGUAGCACAUGUACCUGCGCAGAAUGGUUCAAACUUUGUCGACUAGUUAUUUUUUUAGUCAAGCUGUGACGUUCUUAACUAAAAAAGAUUUGAAAUAGAGGCUACUGGUUCCUAGACUGGUUCUGUACAUUUCACUGUAGCUGCCAGUUUUGCACCAUUCUAUUAGCGAAGAAACGAAUAAUAUCAAUGAACUUCUGCUUUAGUUAUACGGCAGCACAACGACUGACGUCGGUCGCGUCACAAAUUCAUGCAAAAUCAUUUACGUUCACAAAUGUGAUCAAGUGAUUGUUGAUUGUGAAACUCUAUCGAUGUCGAUGAUAGGAACAUUUGUUUUGCUAUACUUCCCAAUAAAGAAGAUUCAUAUUCUGGUGAGGAAAAAAGCAACUUAUUUCGAUACCAAGACUCGGGUGCAUCUUUUUCCUUCAGCAAACUUGAACGUUUGUGAUUCGAAGAUAAGAUUAAAUGAUUUUUGCUAGAUUGAGGUCUUCGUAUACCUCAUUAUCAAUUAAAAAUUUAAGCUUUAACUAUUCAAACACUGGAAAUAGGGACAAUCAAACUAUGUUAUGUAAUAAAAGAGCGAUUCGAGUGUCUGCAUAACCAGUAACGGGAAAUUAGUUCAACUGAGAUCAACUUGUACUUUGAACGAUUGGCAAAGUUCACAGCAAUUGAGGGCUCGUCGGAAGCAAGCAGCUGCUGACAAAGCUGUGUUCGUUACGAUUUGUUUACUAUUAGCAAAGCUUGAUACGUUCAAUGUAAUAUUAUACAUUAACUACCAUUAUAAAAUUACAAAAAAUGUAAAACUAUUGAAUGCUGUCCUUAAGUCGUGUUGUAAAUUUUUUGAGGAAUUCUUAAUUCAGAAACAAAUAGAUUUUUCUAUCCUCCGUUGACGUUUCCACUGACAACACUGAUCUAUCCAAAGUUUUAACCAAUCCACAAAAGCUUUCGAUUACCGGUCUUUUAUUCGCCAGACUGGGCGUGCAACGUUCCUACCCUCAACACUGCUGGACAGGCUAUGUAUAGUGGUUUAAAUUACGCGUGCUCAUCAGUCAGCGCUCGAUGCUAAAAGCGACAGCAUUGAUUAUUGUUGGUGAUUGAGUUUUGCCCUGCACUCUUCUGUCUGUCUGUCCGGCUGUCCGUUAAAAUAGAAUGCAACAAUGGCUAAAAAUAUCGCUGCUGCUUUGUACGUUCGGCUUUUUGAAAGAAAUCCGCCCUAGCGAACCGUUCAUCGUAGACUAUCUGGCAGGACCAUGGCGCAAUAUCACAAUGAACGAGAUUGUCCAGGAGGCCUUUCCCAUCGGUACCUACUCGUACCUAACGCAACUGGUAGUAAUCUUUUUGGUUACCGAUUUACUGCGAUACAAACCAUUGAUCGUGGUAAAUGGCCUGGCCGGGGUCGUUGUUUGGAGCAUGCUGAUAUGGACAGUAUCGCUGCAAGGAUUGAAAAUUCUCGAAGUAUUCUACGGCACUUACUGCGCUGCUGAAAUAGCAUAUUAUAGUUACAUUUACGCAAAAGUCGAUCGAGAACAUUACCAGAAGGUAACAUCGCACACUCGAGCUGCAAUCUACAGCGGGAAGUUCUUUGCCGGAGUCCUGGCACAAAUCUUAGUAUUCACUAAGGCGAUGGAUCUGAAGGAGCUAAAUUAUCUCUCACUAGCCGCGCAAAUUUGUGCUACGAUGUGGGCACUGUUUUUACCUCCCGUAUCAACCAGCAUGUAUUUCCAUCGAGCUGCACUUCCAAUAAGAAGAACAAACAGCUUUCUAGAGGAGAAUGGACAGAAAGUCAGCAGCAUCGAUGAUCAAAACUUCCUCGAAAAGCCGGCAACAUUCAAGAGGAAAGCAAUUUCAGCAUUUAUUCUAAUUUGGAUACACUUCAAAUCUGCAUUCACGAAUUUGACCGUACUUCAGUGGAGCAUUUGGUAUGCGCUUGCCAUGGCCGGCUACAUACAGGUCAUUGCAUAUGUACAGGCACUGUGGAGUGAAGUCGAUUCCGAUCAACCCGCUAGCUGGAAUGGUGCUGUUGAAGCAGCCGUGACACUACUCGGAGCGGUCGUAUCGCUGCUAGCUGGUUACAUCCACGAUGGGUUUCUGAAGCCAAGAAGCAGUCUGUUUUCCCUAUCUCUACUAUCACUGGGGCAAGGAGGAGCCAUUUUGCUUGCAACAGCCACCAGCAAUCUCAUUGUUUCCUACUUAGGAUACAUUGCCUUUGGCGUACUGUAUGCUUUUACAAUUACAGUUGUCAGUGCCGAAAUUGCUAAAAACAUUUCGGACGAUAGUUUCGGGUUAGUGUUUGGCUUUAAUACGCUGAUAGCUCUGUCGCUUCAGACACUACUGACAUUCGCCGUAACCGAUGCCGCCGGAUGGUUCGCGCUGGAUGUGAUUGGUCAAUUCACCGUUUACGGUUACUACUUUAUUGUACUUAGCGUUAUCUAUUUGAUAUUUUUGCUUGGAGAAAUUCUAAGCAGUUUCUACAGGAGAAAUAACUAAGAUGAACUCGUUAUGUGCCGAUAAUUAUAGCCAAUAGAUACCACAAAGUACUUAGAAUCCACAACGAAAUAAGUUAGGUUGUAGCAUUGUUUUAGUACAAAUAAAUUAGACUGAAUGUUUGAAUUAUAGACUGAUGGCAGAUUGAGUUUGUUUGGUUAAGAAAAACGACCACAGCGGAAUGUCCCACGUUUUAAGGUGAAGGUCUUCAGAGUGCAGCUGCGGUAACAUACAUAGACCCAAUUACAACAUAUGCAGUAGUAAUAUUGGUGUCUUAUUCUCAAACACACUUACCUGACAACUGUCGAACCAAUGUCAUACGCUAAACCCAAAUUUGUAAAAUGGC